GCCAUCAUCAGUCAAGCCAUGCCCGAGACGGUAGACGGAGCAGACAUACCUAAAUCUAAACGACCUUCAGACUCGGCGUUCAAACAGCAAAGACUUCCAGCAUGGCAACCAGUGUUAACUGCUGGUACAGUUUUACCAGCCUUCUUUUUGAUAGGUAUACUAUUUAUCCCUAUCGGCGCGCUUUUGUUAUAUUCAUCAAACUCGAUUAACGAAUUUAUGUAUGAUUACACACACUGCAAGCCGGACAGUGGUAACCAAACGUGUGCGGAAAUUAUCAGCGGCAGUCCGGGGUCAAGUUGCGUAUGCACUAUUCAUUUCGAGCUGGAAAAAGAUUUUCUUGGCAAGGUGUACAUGUACUAUGGGCUUACAAAUUAUUACCAAAAUCAUCGUCGUUAUGUAAAGUCUCGUGAUGAUGAUCAAUUGCUUGGACGGCUUUCGUUGGUACCGUCGAGUGAUUGCGCUCCUUUCGCAUACGCAGAUGAUGAUGAUCGGAUUCCGAUAGCUCCUUGUGGGGCUAUUGCAAACUCGUUGUUCAGCGACAAAUUUGAAUUAUACUCGAUGACGCAAGGAACACAAGUUCCAUUGCUUCAAACGGAAAUUGCAUGGCCAUCUGAUCGUCAGAUUAAGUUCCGCAAUCCAGAAGGUGAUCUGAAAGAGGCUCUGCGUGGUUUCAGUCGGCCAAAGGCGUGGACUCGUGAAUUGUGGGAACUUGAUGAAACAAAUAAGGAUAAUAAUGGAUUCCAGAACGAGGACCUCAUUGUAUGGAUGCGCACGGCAGCCUUGCCCACUUUCCGGAAGCUGCACCGGCGCAUUGAUCAUUCCCAGGCGCAAUUCCAGGAAGGGCUGCUCAAGGGCAACUAUUCUCUGACUGUAAUGUACUCCUAUUCCGUGAUUGAGUUCGAAGGAACCAAGAAGUUUAUCCUAUCAACCACUUCGCUUUUGGGAGGAAAAAAUCCAUUCCUUGGUUUUGCGUAUAUAGUGGUAGGAAGUGUUUGCUUGCUUCUAGGUUGUGUUUUACUUAUUAUUCAUAUAAAGUGCAGCAAAACCAACGGUGGCAUCAGCAGCGUUCAUCAGCGGUCUUCAUCGCGUCCGUAG